AUGGAAAAGGAAAAGUCCAAGAAAUGGCGGACUUGUCUCUCGGCGGCCGCGAUCACUGCUGCGGCAGUGUUGCUCUUCUUUCUGUACCCGAAAUUCGACUCCGCACGGACCUGGGCGACUGAUGUGCUCUAUGCUGGAGCGGAACCGGAGAUCACCAUCGAGACUGGGCAUGGUCCUCUGGCCCGGCCUGAUGCACAAGCGCCAGAUGAUCUAAGCGUGCGACUUCACCCUGACAGGCACAUACGGCGUGCUGCCCAGGCCAUUGAGCUUGAGUGGAAUGUUACCAAUGACUGGAGGUGGCCUGAUGGUGUAGCAAAGGAAGUAUAUUUGAUCAAUGGCGAGUUCCCUGGGCCGACAAUUGAGGUGCGGUCCGGUGAUGAGCUCUCGGUGACGGUCCACAACCAGCUGGAAGGUGAGGAGAUCUGGAUUCAUUGGCACGGUCUACGCUUCGAGAAUCAGGCUGAAGAGGUGCUGGGAUUGACGAGAUGUGCUAUUGCUGCCAAUGCGAGCUAUACGUAUAGGUUGCAGGUCUCCCCAGAGGUGCAUGGCACAUUUUGGUACUAUUCGCAGGCAGAGAUGCAGCGUGGCGAUGGACUAUUUGGAACUCUAGUUGUUCAUGAGCCGCGAAAGGACCUUGACGAGGACUCAAGGCCACCACCGGAUCUCAAUAUACAGGAGGACCAGUUGCUGCUGAUCAACGACUGGUAUCAUCAGCCAUCUAGUGAUGUCCUGGCUGCAUAUCGCGAUGGGGAGUUCUUCGAUGCAGCGCCCCCACCUGACUCGAUACUCCUGAACGGUCGAGGGUACUUCGACUGCUCGAAGGCUUACGAUGAGCCGUCGAUGGACUGUAAGCCUAUGGAUAUGCCCCAUCUGACAUUCCCAGAUCGAGCUAGGUUAAGGAUUGUGAACGCUGGUUCCCUGGUCGGCCUCACGAUUUCGACUGUUGGCUAUUCUAUGACAGUGCUGGCGGUCGAUGGUGGUACUCUGGUUGAGCGAGCUACGUUCGAGAAACUUGGGGUCCUGUAUCCUGGUCAGCGGAUGGACAUUCUGUUCGAAAGACGUGGCGAUGAUCAGUAUGAUUCUGCCUGGAUCACGAUUGCGUUAGAUCGAGAGACCAUGCAGUAUCCAAACCUUGUCUUGACGGACACGCAGCAGUUCCACAUCGCCACGAGUCGGGUAACCAACAAGGAUGCGCUGGAGCGAGGAGGCCCAGAGAUCGACAGCGGAAAGACGAACAAUCCAUUCUUGGACUUGUCGAACGUGAAAGCGAUGGUGGCGUCAACAUCAGAGCUUGGGAAGAAAGCAGACAACUUGGUCGCGUAG